AUGAUGCGGGGUCCGGCCAAUAGCUUCAUUUGGGCGUGGGAUUCGCUUUUCCGCAACGUGCUCGACUACAUCUUCCCUCGUGCCGUCAUCGACGGUGGCUCAGGCAGCAAAACUUCUGACUUUAUGUUUCUGUUGGAGGAUGUUUGCGUCUUCCGUGGAGAGGAGGAAGCGCCUCAUGUGAGCAUCAGAGAACCGAGCGUUCGAGACUCGUGUGGACCUACGGGAACGUGCCGUUACCACAUCGAUCUCGUCGCGCUGCACUUUGGGGAUGAAAACGGAGUCGUGAUGAGGACUCGUAUCGGAGCCUACAACAUUGAGCUUAAGGAGCACCGGUUCGAAGCUGUACUCGCGCUGUUGAAUCUGUCGUUGCUGUUCCCAGCCAUUGUGGAGAAUUGCCCCCUGUACGGAAGAGACGAGUUCAAGGGCAUUACAACUCAAAGUGGCGCUGUUGUGCGCGCGUACCCCACGUUCGUCGAGAAAUCUGUCCUGGAUGCUGAUCGUUUCGACUAUUUGCUGCGAGUUUACGAACAAAUGGAACGAGCUGGUGUUCCCAACGUCGAUCGUCUAACAACUCUGGAUUUUGUCAAGGGGACGGCAGCAUUUGAGCCGCGCGGAACGACAGAGAGACCGUCCUACCUGCUCGAGUUGGUUGGUGCGUUGUGGUAG